AUGUACCUCUUGGCACUGUGUGGAAACCUGCUCAUCAUCCUGACAGUAAGCUCUGACUACCAUCUUCACACACCCAUGUACUUUUUCCUCUUCAACCUGUCCAUAGUUGAUAUUGGUUUCAUAUCCACAACUGUUCCAAGGGUAAUUAUGGACAUCCAAACUCACUGCCAAGUCAUCUCUUACGUGGGCUGCCUGACACAGAUGUCACUGUUUAUAAUUUUUGGAUGUAUGGAUAGCAUGCUUCUGACUGUGAUGGCAUAUGACCGGUUUCUGGCCAUCUGCUACCCUCUUCAUUACCAGGUUGUCAUGAAUCCUAGUCGCUGUGGUGUCUUACUUCUAGGGUCUUAUUUGUCCAUUGUUUGCCUGUUUUAUGGGACAGGGCUAGGAGUGUACUUUAGCAACUCUCUGUCACAUUCUCCAGGAAGUAAUGCAGUGGCCUCAGUAAUGUACACUGUAGUCACACCUAUGAUGAAUCCCUUCAUCUAUAGCCUGAGGAACAAGGACAUUAAAACUGCCUUAAGGAAGAUUCCUAGCAGAACAUUCUAG